CCAACAAUACUAGAAAAGACAUUAAUUAGCAUGAGUCAGAACAUUAGUUGGAAUGAGUGGGAGAAAUUUGUAGCAUACUAUAUAACAUUUCACACCAAUUUGCUUACACAAUGUAAUUACCAAACAAUAACUUUGAGGGAUUUACAUAAUAAUGCAUAUGGAACACAGAAAACUUUAAGAAUUGUUGUAAAGCUGAAGGACCUUUCUGUAAUACAAGCCCAUGGUCAAUUUCCAUGUGAAAAUUUGGUGGACAAAAAUCAUAAACACAUUGAUUGGAUGAAAGGAGAUCAUUUGAUUAUAAAUGGCACAUCAGCAAAAUUUGCAGAUUCAUUUGUUGUUAGAGACAUCCUUGGUUGCAACAAAUAUCUCUUAGAAGCAUUUCAAAACAAACUAUCAAUUAAUGCACAACAAUGUACAAUUAAAGAUUUCCAUAAGGAAAUAAACAAAAAUCUUGAGAGUCUUUAUAAUUCAGAUGGAGUUUUUGCUGACUGUCAUAUUGUAACAAUUCUUUUUACUACACAACCAUUUGAUGGUGAUGUUGCAGAUCUUGAUGAAGAUUUUUUACUUAUUUCAAAAGAAAACUUUGCAGCAUAUUUUGGUCCAGUCUUUUCAACACGUGCCAUGCUUUCUAUUACCAAUGACAUUAAUCCUAACUUCUCUGGUUGGGAUAUGAUUAAAAAUAAUAUACCUGGUGCUGGUGACCUUACUACAACCAAUAUUGUUUUAAAGAGGCCUUAUAAGAGUGAAGAGGAUCUGUUCAACAAACAUCCAAGAAUCAAGAAUGCUAUGGAUCAAUUUCUAUCUGCAAAGAGACCUAAAUUAAGCUUUUAUCCAUUUAGCCUUGAAUAA